CCGUUACAUGUUCAAGUUUUGUUCGAUUUUGUCGUGUUACAGUCUCUGCAUUUGGUCUCCUAGAAAUAAAGCAAAAAUAUUCAUUUGCUUAUAUUAUUAUACAAAUCUUUACUAUGUUUUAGUUCAAUGACUUUAUAUUAGUGCUUUAUUUGCAAGAGAUUUGUUUCAACAUAUUUUACCAUACUGUGAUAAUGGGAAGUAAUACCAGUAAAUCCAUCAGCGAGACUACUGUUCACGAACAAAAAAACGAUUUGGACAUCAACACUAAUCCUGAUCCUCGAUCGCCGACUCCUGAAAUAACUCGGACGCCAUUACAGAACAAGAAUAAUUCUAAACAUAACAUAACAAAAAACGUAGACUUAAGAAAGACUUUUGAGAAUGGACAAGUAGAUGAGAAACUUAUUCGUAACAAUCCAAUUCUAACUGCAGUCAUAAAAAAUCAUUUGCAAUCUUAUGAUCCUCGUUCACCAACACAAGAUUUUGAGAGAACUCCAAUAGUUAUACCUACAUUUGAUGAGAGUGGAAGUAAGAAGAAAAUAUUAAGACGUCGAAAUAAUAACAGCUUUUCAAGUCCAUGUUUGAAAGAAGAUUCCAAUGAUCAUUUAGAUACAUCAGACAGUACAAUAAAAUUAAGUCCAGAUUUAGUAGUAGCCAAAAACUUAUGUGAUGGCUUCUAUGACCUUUCCCUUAAUGAAACACUAGAUGAAAACGAGGAACCUCUGGGAUCUUCCACCACAUCUAAUAAGUGCAUUGAAGAAAAAUUAAGUCCUGAGAAAAUUGAUCAGCCCAAAGUAUUGUUAGAAACUAAUUUCGACUAUGUGGAAUUGAAAAAUGAUAAUAAUAAUGUUUGCAAAGAAUUGCAUCACACUAAUGGGGAUAUUGAAGUAUCUGAAAUUAAGUUAAAGGAAAAUCCCAAUAUUAAGAUAUUGAAAAAUGAUCCUAGAUCACCUUCAGUUGAUAUCAAGAGAACUCCUAUAGUUGUGACAAAAACUGAAGACAAUGAUAGCCAGGACAAUGUUGAAGAAAUGUCUGAUGACACACUUAUUAAAGUUUUACAAAGUACAAGUGAACAGACUCAUGUAUCUAACAUAGAUGGUGUAAUGAUUUAUGAAGAUGAAUCUGCUGUUGUAACUACUCCUAAGAAAACAAGGCCUAUCCACAGCUUAGGAUCCCGAACACCCCUAUCAUGUAUGAAGAACACUACUGAUGCAUCCCAUGCACGGUCAAAAUCAGCUAACAAUAUGGAAAAAAAGAAAGAAUUAACAAGAACUGCAUCACAUUUGAAGUAUGUUUCUCACAUUCCAAGGCUCAAGUCCCUGUCCAAACAAAUGACAUCAGGAAGUUCAAUUUCAUUGAAAAAUGCAUCUAAAAGUUCAUCCAUAAGCGGUGAUUGUGAAAACACACCGCCACAAUCUCAUAGAGACAGAUGGGAUAAGGACAAUAGCAUUGUACUUUAGUCUCUUACAUUGUUUAUCUAAUGGGUUCUCAUGUUUUUGUGCGUUUCGUUUUAAAGGAACGGUUUCUGUAAUUUUAUCCACUAAUCAUAACUUACUACUAGGAUAUCAUUACAUUUAAAAAUUAAAGAUUUACAUCUUUAAAAUUUAAAUAGAAACCAAUCUGCUGUU